AUGGCGUCCUUCUUUUCCAGACUCAAUGCGAAGAUCCGCUCGCGUCCCAUGCUGAGCUAUGUCUGCUCUACACAUUUCUGGGGCCCAGUGUCGAAUUUCGGAAUCCCGUUGGCGGCGGUGAUGGAUACACAGAAGAGUGCUGAUUUAAUCUCCGGCCAAAUGACAGGUGCUCUAUGCAUCUACUCUGCGACCUUCAUGCGCUACGCACUCGCCGUCUCACCAAGGAACUACCUACUCUUCGCCUGCCACUUCGUCAACGAGGGCGCACAGCUUACCCAAGCCUAUAGGUGGAUGCAGUACCACAAGUGGGGCGGGAAGGAGGAGGCCGUGAAGAACAAGGCCGAGGGUGCUGUAGGCAAGAUCGAGGGAGAGGUUACUAAGGCCGUGGAGAAGAUGAAGGAUGCUGCUGGGAAAUAG